AUGGCUCUCCAGACACAAAAAGACUACGACGCCCUAUUCAAGAGGCUCACCACAGUCCCUCCCCCCGGAAAACCCUACGGUAUUCCCGUACCCGGUACAGAACGACCUAACCGCACCGCCGCCUACAGACACUGGGCAGUCGGCGAUGGUCCUCUCGUUACAGCGCUAGAGCCUGGUAUCAAUUCGACACACGACGUCCUGGAGAGGAGUGCGCGCAAGUGGCCCAACUCGAGAUGUCUCGGAACCCGCCAUUGGAACCAGACGACUCAGCAGUGGGAGGACAAGUACGACUGGAUCAGCUACGGUGAUUUCGACGUCCGAAGGAAGAAUUUCGGUGCCGGUCUCGUUGAGAUUCACAAGGCCAUCAACUAUUCUCCUGAUCAGUACGGUGUCGGUUUGUGGUCACAGAACAGGGCUGAGUGGCAGAUCGCCGACUUCGGUAUUGCUUCUCAAUCACUUUACUCGGUAUCUCUCUACGAAACUCUUGGCCCCGACACAACAGAAUACAUCAUCAACCAUGCCGAGGUCGCCUGUGUUGUCUGCUCCCUCCCCCACAUCCCCGUUCUUCUUAAGAUGUCUCCUCGGCUUCCCGGUCUGAAGCUCAUCGUCUCUCUCGAUCCUCUUGAGCAGGGUGAAUUGGCUUCUCACACUAAGGCCUCCGUCCUCAAUGAGAUCGCUUCUCAACAUGGCAUCCAGAUCUACUCCAUGACUCAGGUUGAGGAGAUCGGCGCCAAGUCUGGACGUGCCCCUCGUGCUCCCAGCCGCAAUGACAUCUGCACUAUCAAUUACACCUCUGGUACAACUGGCAACCCCAAGGGUGUUCUAAUCACCCACGGGAACGCCGUUUCUGCCAUCGCGGGUGGUCGAACAAAUGGCAAUGUGAGCAGCAAGGACGUCCACUUAUCCUAUCUACCUCUAGCCCACAUCUACGGACGACUUAUCGAUCAGAUCGCCGUUGCUGAGGGCGCUGCCAUUGGUUUCUUUCGAGGUGACAUUCUGGGCUUGGUUGAUGAUAUGAAGAUACUCAAGCCCACUGGUUUCAUCUCAGUUCCUCGUCUCUUCAACCGCUUCAACUCUGCCAUUCGCACUGCUACUAUUGAAGCCGAUGGUGUCCGAGGCGCUCUCUCACGACGUGUCAUUGACACCAAGAAGGCCAACAUGCGACUCCCUCCCGGAAAGUCCUCCAACACCCACUUCUUGUACGACCGAAUCUGGACCCCCAAGGUCAAGGCCGCCGUGGGCAUGGACAGAGUCCAUAGCAUGGUCAGCGGCAGUGCCCAGCUUGAUCCCGACGUCCAGGAGUUCCUGCGCGCCGCUUUCGCGAACCACUUCGCUCAGGGCUUUGGCAUGACCGAGACGUAUGCUGUCGGAUCUAUCCAGGCACGCGGUGACUUUACUACCGGCAACAUCGGCGGCCCCAUGUGCUGUGUGGAACUCUGCCUCGAGUCGGUUCCCGAGUUUGAUUACACCGUGGAUGACAAGCCUAACCCUCGUGGUGAGCUUCUCCUCCGCGGUCCCGUCAUCUUCCGCGAGUACUACAAGAACGCCGAAGAGACCGAGAAGACCCUCGAUGCCGACGGUUGGUUCCACAGUGGUGACAUCUGCGAGGUCGACAAGAUGGGCCGCUUCAAGAUCAUCGAUCGCAAGAAGAACGUUCUCAAGCUUGCUCAGGGCGAGUACAUCUCCCCUGAGCGCAUUGAGAACGUCUACAUGGGCAGCACCAACCUCAUCAACGCCGCCUAUGUUCACGGUGACGGUACCCAGUCCUCAUUGGUCGCCAUUUUUGGUAUCGACGUUGAGAACUUUGCUCCUUUCGCUAGCAAGAUUCUCCAGGAAACCAUCGCACCCAAUCAGGUCGCCGAUCUCCGCGUCGCCGCUAACGACCCCAAGGUGAAAGCCAAGUUCCUCAAGGUCCUCGACGGUAUUGGCAAGAAGCACAAGUUCAACAGCUUCGAGAAGGUGCGCAAUGCCCAUCUCGAAAUUGAUCCUUUUACAAUCGACAACGGUCUAUUUACCCCUACACUUAAGCUUAAGCGCCCCCAAGCCGCCAAGGCCUAUAGGGAGCACAUUGACCGCAUGUAUGAGGAGCUUGCUGCUCAGGAGCCUGUUGGAAAGAACAAGCUCCUGCCAGUCCCCUGCGAUGAACCACCUCCGAAACGGAGACGCGUUAGUACAGGCCUACAGAGAAAGCGAGGCGUUAAGGAGUGUCUCUUAAGCCAGGUUACGCCGCUUGUAGAGAGGGCUGUUGGACAUCUCUCAAGGGAUGUUUACCAUGUUAACGCCCUGGCUAUCAAGACGGUGACGGAACUCAGUAUCAGCAAGUUCUUCAGGAGAAGAUGGGACGAGACAGGUGGCUACUUGAGUCAGCAGGACCUAGACGUGCUUGCGAUCCAGGCGCAUGAUGUUGUUAGGGGUCUGGCGGGGGGUUCUGUGGGUGUGACGAAGCCUCGGCUGGAGCUUGUUGCUAACAUUUGCAAGGAGUUUCGUAUAUCCCCCCUAUCUUCAGAAACACCAGAGCCUCGAGUUCUACCGCCACCGAGGUCAGCGCCGAAACCUCAGCCGCAAGGCCAAACACCGCCGACAAUCGUGAACAUUGAAGCAACGAGAAAGUCCGAAGACCGGGACUCUCGCGUAUUCUACGACGCGCCCACGCCACAACCCUCAAUUGAACCAGAGCUUCCGCAAUAUGUUGAAAGGAGACCUUAUAAACCUCGGGAGCGACGGGAACCGAAGCCCCGUAACCGAUACUACCAGGUUUCCGAACGACCCUACCUUUCGGCAGCGCAUCGCCAAGCUAUUGAAGAGGGAACAAAGAAGCCAGUGGUAGUUGACAAUGAACUUAUCGCACAGCCUAUUGUCUAUCAUGUGGACUUCAGCCCUGAGGAGAUCGCCGAGAUUAUAGACCAAAUAUCACAUAGUGAAAACAAGCACAUACCGGCAACCCGCGAAUCUAUGAUGGAGCAGAUCCGACUACGAAAUGGCCCUCUGGUACCGAUACCUGGACGAACCAUACGAGACAUGAGCGCUUUUGCUUCGGACUUGUGGGCAGGAAAGGUCGCAGAGACACCACGAGUCCUUUCGUUCACUGCUGAGCAUGUUACGGAGGAGACAAAAAAGCGACAAGGUCAAAUGAGAAGGACUAGCAGGCUUUCAUCUUUACUGAUGGCUCGAGAAAUAGAAGGCAACCAGGGCUUUCAACGAACUCGGGAAUAUUUGAACUUCGAGGCCGAAUUUAAGAGAUUGCGCGAGGACGAUCUUCAGGUCGUAGCUGAGUUCACCAAUUGCGCUGGUGAUAUCACCACAGGUGCAUGGGUCUCUCGAGAGAGCUUUCUAUGUGGCACUACUACACACUCCGAUACGCAUAACCAACAGUACAACAGGCCUGGAAACUUGCUUCUUUGUUCAACUGCAAAGGGGACGCUGCGGUCCUUCCCCGAUCACCGAAUACCUCGUCCACGGGUCGAAAAGGGGGAGAACUCUACAGAGGCCAUGCGCCAGAGCCAGGACCCUUGGCUGUACUCAUCGGUUGUGUCAUGCGACUACAGCGUUGAAGAUGACUUGGCGUAUACGUCGAGUUUUGAUAAGACAGUCAAAGUGUGGAAGGUUGACCCGAAAGGAGAACACAUGAAAGCCAUCGCAACAUGGCAACACACAGGUAAUGUUAACUUUGUGGCUGCUGCAAAGGAUGGAUCUGGUCGUGUGGCUACGGCUGCAGAUUCACCAACCGACGCCGUGCGUAUCUACACCAUUACAAAAGGAAAUGAGCCGAACAGUACUUACCAGACGUUCUCAUGCUCACGAACUGAUGCUGAUGGCUCAGAUAAGUGGGCAUACUUCCCAGCAACGAUGCAGUGGGGACGAGCUAAGGGCUGUCAGCAUUUGCUUCUUGUUGGGUAUUCUCCUCGCAGCUUGACAGGUGACGACCUGGAUAUUCCCGAGGACAAGAGGAGUUCGGGAGAGAUCAUCCUCUGGGAUGCGGAACAGGGUGUCAGGAUCCCUGUGAUGACAGCUUCAACGGCUAACGUCUUCGAAGUCGCCUGGCAUCCAACAUUACUCCUUUUUCUGGUAGGGGUAACGCCCACGGGGAUGAACAACGUUCCCCGCAAUGUUAGGACACAAGUCCACGUCUUUCAUCGCGAUAAGGAUCGCUUGAAUGGUAUUGGCUUUUGUCAGCAUCAGGCUCUCGACUGCUAUGCGUCUGACAUUAACGAGCUGACGAUCGUGCCCAACUCACCUGGACACGCUUACGUGACUGCGGCGUGCACUGAUGGAAAGGUUUACAUAUGGGAUACAGCACAGGGCGACAAGCCCAUCCACACCUUGCGACAUGGAAAACCCAUUGAAGAAUAUUACGGCGAUCGCGAGAAGGAAGACACGGGCGCGAAGUUCACGGCUUGGAAUACCAGUCUUGAUCGAUUCUACACUGGGUCGAGUGACGGUGUCGUGAAGGUCUGGAAUGUCCGUAAGCUGAAGAACCCCUUUGUCCGUGAUAUUCUCACAGCCCCUGGACCGAUCGCUUGGGGCGGUUUCUCUCCGGACAACUCCAAGCUUGCCAUUGGCGAUGCCACAGGCCGUUGCUUCAUCUUAUCAACCGAUGAGCGGGAUAUCCCAGAGUCGCAUAUAACAACACUUCCGGGCACCACUCAGCGCCGGCGCCGGCCUGUACCCCUAAUUCCACACCCGGAACCGGCUCCACCCGCCUCGGCUUGGGAGGACGAUGAUAUGCUCACUGAUGAUGAGCUUUCAGGCGCAGAUAUCGCUGAUUACUCGAGACGAACAUAUUUAGACAGCCAUUGUCUAAAGCUUACAUCAAAUCCAGUUAUAGGGGUUGUACAAGGCCCCCGCUACCAAUCCACCAACCUCUACCGCCGAGAAGCCCACUAUGAUGAAGACCCCUCAGCACCUCUCCUGGCUCAUUUCGAGCGACGACAAAAGGAUAGCGAGGCUGCUAGUCUCGGUCAAAGACGCCGUUCAGUGCGUCGGCUUAGAACCCCUUCACCACCAGAUGAGCGUCUUCAUAGCAUCCAUGUUCAAAAUGCGAGCAAGGACUUGGAUGUGAAUCAUUUAAAAGAUAGUGAAGUGAAAGAACUUGUCAAAUCCGCUACGUUGCUAAACAUUGAGGAGGAUUGGGGUUUCACAUAUGAAGAAACCAUGGGCUUUGAUGAGGGUGAUUAG